GUAAGUGUAAUUGAAUGGCAGCACUGGCCCAUCGUAAAAGUCAGAUUUUUUCCACAUCAUUUUUUCAUAGCCGUGUGAAUUGAUUGAAAAUUUAACUUAAAAGGUCAUGUGGUAAAAAAUUUGUGCUCAUAUUAUUAAAGGAGACAGUUGCUUAGCGCUUGUCCAAUUGAAAAACUCCUCAAUAAUCACAUAUCUGUGUAGCCUUAGAAGUAAACUUGACUUAAAAAUGUCAACCAACGCACAGCCGGAACAAGCUGCGCAGGGUAAUGGAGAGGUUGCACCCGCAGCUGAUGGUGUUGCUGACCCCAGCAAUCAAAAUCAGCAACAAGGUCAACAACAACGGCAGCCAACUAAAAUGGAAUCUUUCUUUGCAAUGACAAAGUCACUGAUAUUACGUGCACUUAUAAUAUAUUUCAUAAGUUCAUUUUUCCGCCGACCACAGCCAGGUGCAAAUGAAGCAAGUCAGCAAAAAGCUACAGAUGCUGCACCGCGUGUAAACGCUUGGAAUUUUUUCGAAAAUGGCACACUAUUUGACUUGCAUGUUUGGCUGUCAGAAAACGUGGAUGAAGUAGACUUCAAACAAAAAUCGAAUUUAAUAUGGCUGCAGGAAGAUCUCGUCUAUGGAGAUUGGUCGUCGGGGCCAAAGCACGAUGGCAUUUAUACACACAGCCUAAAGGUAAAAGCAACACAAUCUUUAAUGAACAAUGGUAGCAUAUAUUUGCACACAUACGUUACACGUGCUGGGGAGAGCCCUGAUCCGUCAGCUGAAAAUUACGCUAAAAAAGGUAUGAUGGGUCACCAACAACGUAUGUUGAAUAAAUAUAAACGUAUACGUGUGAAUCGCAACUAUAAUUUGCUUGCCGGUGAGAAGGAGAGAUUAGCUAUGGAGCUGGAACAGGCAAAUCUUAAAGAUACAAUAGUAUCGCAUUGGCAUCCCAAUUUGACUAUAAAUUUGGUAGUGGAUCAAACUAAUUGGGCAGCGGGAACAGUACCACCACCAUUAGACGAAUAUGUCAAGUUCGUAGAUGGCGGUAGAACGUAUUUGCCAAUUCUUUUCGUUAAUGAUUAUUGGAAUUUGCAACGUGAAUAUUUUCCCAUUAACGAAACAACACCAGAGUUAGAUUUGCAUUUAACUUUCCAACCUUUGAGUAUGUUCAAAUGGCAAUUAUACGCCGCACAACAGAUGAAAAACAAAUGGGGUGGUAAUAUGCUCGGUGAAUUAAUGACAGCUGGUGGCCCAGAGGAAUCCGAUGAAGAUCAAGAUUCAUUGAAGGAAACGCUUCUUGAUACAAAUAUAUAUUUGCUCGGACUUACCAUAGCCAUAUCGAUUUUGCAUUCAGUUUUUGAAUUGCUCGCCUUCAAAAAUGACAUACAGUUUUGGAACAAUCGUAAGUCACUUGAAGGUCUCUCGGUGCGUUCCGUAUUCUUCGGCGUUUUUCAAUCUUUAAUUGUGUUACUCUACGUACUGGAUAAUGAAACCAACUUUAUGAUACGCGUUUCAUGCUUCAUUGGCUUAGGCAUCGAAAUAUGGAAAAUUCACAAAGUUGUGGACAUCGAUUAUAACACCGAUCAAAAAAUUUUGGGCAUAUUCCCCAAAAUCAGUUUCCAGGAUAAGGGCUCAUACGCCGACAGCAAUACGAAAGAAUAUGACAAUCUUGCAUUCAAAUAUUUGGGUUGGGCUUGCUUCCCACUGCUCGUAGGCUAUUUUAUUUACUCGUUAGUAUAUAACCAGCACAAAGGAUGGUAUUCGUUCGUGUUAAAUAUGUUGUAUGGUUACCUCUUAACAUUCGGCUUCAUUAUGAUGACGCCACAAUUGUUUAUCAACUAUAAACUGAAGUCUGUAGCGCAUUUACCAUGGCGUAUGAUGACCUACAAAUUCCUUAAUACAUUUAUAGAUGAUAUAUUUGCCUUUGUGAUCAAAAUGCCCACUAUGUAUAGAUUGGGCUGUUUCCGUGACGACAUCAUAUUCUUCGUAUUCCUGUAUCAACGUUGGCAAUAUCGCGUUGAUUACAAGCGUGUGAAUGAAUUUGGUUUCUCCGGCGAAAUGGAGGAAGAAGCGUCGAAAAAGAGACUGGAAGCUGCUGUACCAGCGACAGGGCAGCAAGAAGAUAAUGCAGCUAUCAAGGAUACACCUAAAUCGGCUGCGGAAAAGAAAGAGGACUAAGUAUUUUAUGGGAUAUAUAUAUAGAUAUUAAUUAAUUCUAAACCGAGUUUUCCACUUCCACUCAUAAUAAAGUGGAUGUUUUAUGUACGAAUGAGGUUUUCUGUGAAAAGUCAUAUCCUUGUUUAUGUUCUCUAUAUAUUUCGUUUCCUAUAUAUUAGUAAAUUGAAUUAGAGAAUCUAUAUACAUAAUUUAAGUUGCUUAUUGACUAUUGUGCAUUGAAAACGCAAAAGGCAAGGCAUAAAAUUCUUUUAAUAAAGACAUAUAUGUAUGUAUUACACUAAAUACGUUUCCUACUAA